AUGGCGAAGGAGGAUGGGAAGCCCACAGCUACCGACAAGGGUAAGGGAAAAGCAGUGGACGGUGAAGAGCAUCCAAAUCACCCCGAGGCAGACAAAGAUGGAAAGGCUACAACCAACGGGGCAAAGCCGGACCUACCGCCGGAAGAGCUCAGCGAGGAGGAUCAGCAGCUCAAGAGCGACCUGGACAUGCUUGUGGAGCGGAUACAAGGGGAUGACCCAAGUCUGUACAGGCCGGCGCUCGAGAAGAUCAAGGAGUUCAUCAAGACCUCGACGUCGUCGAUGACAGCGGUGCCCAAGCCGCUCAAGUUCCUACGUCCACACUACGAGAGCCUGGAGAAGACGUACGAAUCAUGGCCAGAGGGUGACGAUAAGUCCUCGCUCGCAGACAUGCUCUCAGUCCUCGGCAUGACCUACUCCGACGAGAACCGCCACGAUUGCUUGAAAUACCGACUACUCUCACCUUCGCACGAUCUGGGAUCAUGGGGUCACGAAUACAUGCGACACUUGGCGUUGGAGAUUGGGCAAGAGUUCCAGAACCGAAUGAAUGAGGACAAACCGACAGAAGAACUCACCGAUCUUGCCCUUACUCUCGUCCCGUUCUUCCUCAAGCACAAUGCGGAAGCCGACGCAGUGGACAUACUCAGCGAGUUGGAGAUGAUCGAGCAGAUUGUACAGUACCUGGACGAGAACACCUACCCUAGAGUGUGUCUGUACAUGGUCAGCAUGGUCCCCUUGCUCACAUACCCCGACAACGACCGCUUUCUCCGCACCGCGUACAAGACGUAUCGACAGUACAAGCAACACACUCAGGCCAUAGUACUCGCGAUCCGGCUCAACGACAAGGAAUUGAUCGAAGAGUGCCUCAACUCAACCGAUGACAAAUCGGCCAAAAGGCAAAUGGCUUUCCUCAUCGCCAGACAGCGCAUAGUUCUCGACCUGCCCGAGGGAGAGGAGGACGACCAGUUGGCGGAGUGCUUGAACAAUACCCGGCUAUCGGACUACUUCAAAGCUCUGGGCAAAGAACUCAACAUCCUGGAUCCGAAGACGCCAGAGGACAUCUACAAGACCCACCUUGAAAGCAGUAGGACCGCAGGCUUGACCAACACGGAUUCGGCUCGACACAAUCUUGCAAGCGCAUUCGUCAAUGCCUUCGUCAACGCCGGUUUCAGCUCCGAUAAGAUGCUUCUGACGGACGAGAACAAGAGCAGCUGGGUAUGGAAGACCAAGGACGAGGGCAUGCUGUCAACCGCUGCCUCGCUGGGCACGCUGCUGCAAUGGGAUGUUGAGACAGGCCUGGACAAGAUCGAUCCUUACACAAACAUCUCGGACAACUACAUCAAGGCCGGCGCAAACCUUGCCUACGGCAUCAUGAACUCAGGCGUACGGAUGGACUCGGAUCCUGCAUUGGCCCUUCUAGGAGAGGACUCUGACUCUGGUAUUUUCCACAAGAAUCUGCAUAUUCGAGUGGCUUCGAUCAUGGGUCUCGGCAUAGCGUACGCCGGAUCCAACAACGAAGCGGUGCUCAAUCAACUCCUCCCCAUCGUGACUGACACCGACCUCGACAUGCAAAUCUCCGCAAUGGCCGCCCUCUCGCUAGGUCUAGUAUUCGUCGGAUCAGCCAACAGCGACGUGAGCGAAACCAUCAUCCAGACCUUCCUAGACGAGGACAGAGAGAAGCAACUCAAGGACAAGUGGACACGGUUCAUGGCUUUAGGCCUCGCGCUCCUAUUCUUCGGGCAGCAAGAGGAAGUAGAAGUCAUCCUCGAAACCCUCAAAGUCCUCGACCACCCCAUGUCCAAGCCAACCUCAGUCCUCGCAGAAGUCUGCGCCUGGGCCGGUACCGGCGCCGUCCUGAAGCUCCAGCAGCUCCUCCACAUCUGCAACGAGCACAUUGAAGACGACAACGAAGAGAAGAAAGGCGACGAGCUCCUCCAAGCCUACGCCGUCAUCGGCCUCUCCCUCGUCGCCAUGGGCGAAGAAGUCGGGCAGGAGAUGGUGCUCCGGCAGUUCGGCCACCUGAUGCACUACGGCGAAGCCAACAUCCGCAGAACGGUGCCGCUGGCUAUGGGCCUCAUCAGCCCCAGCAACCCCCAGAUGAAGGUAUACGACACGCUCUCGAGAUACAGCCACGAUAACGACAAUGAUGUCGCUAUUAAUGCUAUCUUCGCUAUGGGACUCCUGGGUGCGGGGACGAAUAAUGCAAGGUUGGCGCAGCUGCUAAGACAGCUGGCGAGUUACUACCACCGCGACGCGAAUGCGCUGUUCAUGGUGCGGAUAGCGCAGGGGCUGCUGCACAUGGGCAAGGGCACACUCUCCGUCAACCCCUUCCACACGGACCGACAAGUCCUGUCGCGUGUUGCGGCGGCUGGUCUGCUCACCGUGCUGGUCUCCCUGAUCGACGCAAAGCAGUUCGUGCUUGCCGAAUCUCACUAUCUCCUUUACUACAUGGUCACAGCCAUGUAUCCAAGGUUCCUGAUCACGCUGGACGAGGAGCUCAACCCGCUAACUGUCAAUGUGCGCGUCGGCCAGGCGGUGGAUGUUGUGGGGCAGGCUGGCAGGCCGAAGACGAUUACGGGGUGGCAGACGCAGAGCUCGCCGGUGCUGCUGGCGUAUGGUGAGAGGGCAGAGUUGGAGGAUGAGCAGUAUAUCAGUCUGAGCAGUACGUUGGAGGGGGUGGUAAUUCUGCGGAAGAACCCUGCAUGGAAAUCGACUUGA